AUGCCUAUCAGAGGCCGGACCCUUGGUAUGUCCAUCCACGAUGCUGGCUCAUCGAUGGAGGACGAUAUCAACGCAUUUCUCAACCACGCUCUCAACAGCUCUAUCCCGGAUGGAGACUGCCUCAUCGAUGAGGCCAAGACUCGAGCUGCUGGCCUCGAGCAUUCGCUGCAAGACGGCGAUGCUGGAAACAACCAAUACUUUGCUCCUAUCCAAGUCCCCAAUCAAUGCCCGCAAAUCAACAACUUCGAUGGCAACAACAGCCCGCGAGACGCUACCUUCACUAGGUCUAUUGCUCGAGAUUUCCAGUCUCCCUCCGCAGGCCCCUACGACCGCAUCCCUUUCGUCAGACCUGUGCCUGUGCCGGCCACCGAGUUCUCCACUGAUCAAGACCAUGAUCACAACGAGGCUUUUCAGCAGCUGCAACGGCAGCCACAGCACAAUGGCCCGCUCAAUAGGCCUCUGACUACAAAGAGCUCCAAGCUCUCAAGUGCCUCGAGGGUCCCCCACCUGUCCAGCACAUCAGAGCAUCAUGUUGGAGCUUCCUCCAGCAAUUUGGUGACUCUCAAGCCUAAUCAAAACGACCGUAGCAACGAGCGGGAGUUGAGCCGGCCAGCCGGGAUCAGGAAGCCGUUGAGGUUUGAUGGCAAUGUCCAGCAGCGUGCUGGUCAACAUCUUGCUCGUGCCAAUGGGGUCAAUGGCGUGUUGGAUCAUGGUAUGGUGUCUACUGGGACCAGUAACCGUGCCAGGAUCCCUCAAGCUAACGGCAUCCUUCCCAAUGGCCACGCCCGUCUUCCACCGCUUCGACUGUCCCGCGCCCAAUAUCGCGCCCUCGGUACAUAUGCGAUGACCCAUGGCAUGCGCGUACCGUUCAAGAAAGGGCUUGGUCUGCCCAAGUAUGGUAGGCUGGCCUACAUGGGACCCGGUCGGUUGGUGAUCACGGCGUCCAAGGACGACAAGAACAUCGGAGUCACUGCUGCAGGUGACGGUAACAAAAUCGAAAAUGUCAGCAGCCAUGCUUAUCAGCACGAGAUGGUAAGUGUGAGCGAGCUGAACACUCCGCGGAUGCAUACGAUGCCACAGCUGCCGGCUGCUGCCCCUAUCCUCUCCUCCAGAGCAGAUUAUGAGCACCUAAACUCUGCUUAUGCUUAUGCUACUCCCGACGGCUAUUAUGGGCAGCCUUCCAAGGCGAUAGGCUCUCAGCAGACCUCUGCCAACACGGACACCGGGCCAACUAUCGCGGGUAGCAACAAAGCUGGAUCCAACCUCCUGGACCUUACGCCCCUUGAGCCCACAGACCUAGACGCCUUCGAUCUCGAGCUCGCUGCCAUUCUCACCGGCGCCGGCUUCUCCGAUCUCACGUCCUCUGUCCCUGCUCACGCCGGCGAUGAGAACACCAGAACGGAUAAUGGCUUCAGUGUGGCACCUUCGGCUACCCAGCACAUCCAGCACUCCAACCUAUCAAACUUUGAUGCAGCUCAUAUCAGCGCUGCAACACCCAUCAACUUUUCCCCUCCUCAGACAUUUUCGCAGCUCGAUCAGCGCCUCGACUCCAACCACUUCUAUCCUCGAUUGCAACCACAGCUCUCAACCCCUACCGACUUUGGCCCCGACACCGGCUUCGACAUCAUCGACGAUCUGUCAGACAGCGACGAUUACGAGGCCAGCUUCGUCGACAAUUCCGGUAGCGAGGCUGCACUGCCGCAGUGGCACGCAUCAUAUCCCCAUCCGCUACCACCCCAGCCCAACGCCAGUGCUUCCUUCGAGCCGCAGACUCAACAAGGCGUAGAGGUCGUGCAAGGUUCCGACUCUCAAAAGACAGCCGCUGGCACCCCAGCCAUGCCCCUCGAGCAGGUCGCUUUUCCUGUCCAGGCUCCCGAGCACGAGUCGCUGGCCACCCAAACCGAGUCUAUGCUUGUGCCGGCGCUCAAUUUAGACCACCAACGUGCGGCGCAAGCCCCUGUCCUGCCGGCCUCCCACCAGGCCGAGAUGACCCAAGACCCAGACCUAGAGCUGCAGCUGCAGCCUGGGCAAGAACCACAACCACCACAGCAAGGGCAGAGCUACGAAGAGCUAACGGCCGAGUUCCUCGCGCAGUACGGCGGCUUUGGCGCCACCGAGAUCGAGGCUGAGGAUGAGCCCUUCUGA